AUGGCUCCGACAGGGAAGAAGAUUUAUAAUGUGGUUUUUGUCCUGGGUCCACCAGGCUCAGGCAAAGGAACGCAGUGUGUGAAAAUCCAUGAGAAUCUCGGUUUUAUGCAUUUAUCGGCGGGCGAUCUUUUACGUGAAGAGCGACAGCGAGAAGGAUCAACGUACGGACAGCUCAUAGAAAAUCAUAUUAAGAAUGGAACAAUUGUACCUGUUGAAAUCACCUGCAAGCUUUUAGAAAAUAGAAUGGAUGCAUCAAGUGAGGCGAAAGGUUUUCUCAUAGAUGGAUUUCCACGUAACCAAGAUAAUCUUGAAGGUUGGGAACGACAAAUGAGUGGAAAAGUGCGGAUAAGUCAUUUGGUUUCCGUUCUAACUCUUUUCAAAGUGUUACCCAACGAGGUGAAGUUCGUUCUGUUUCUUUCUUGCCCAGUAGAUAUAUGCAUUAGUCGAUGCCUGCACAGAGGCCAAGGUCGUACUGAUGAUAACGAAGAAUCUUUACGGAAACGAAUCGAGACGUACAACAAUCAAACUCUUCCAAUAAUUCAGCAUUACGAGAAGUUGGGUCUUGUCAAAGAAGUACCCAGCGAUAAGAGCCCUGACGAAGUGAGUUCAUAG